AUCUCGUAUUACAUAUGCAUAAAAUGAUCCUUUCUUGAGUAAAUCUUGACUAUAAAAGCACGCCGUUAGAGAGCGUACUUGCUUCAUUCGCAAACUCUACUUUCUCAACAAACUACGAAGAAAAGGCAAAACUACUGAAAGAUGUCUGGACGUGGCAAAGGCAAGGCUAAGGGAACCAAAUCAAAGACUCGUUCAUCAAGAGCAGGACUUCAAUUCCCAGUCGGUCGUAUUCACCGUUUGUUGAGGAAAGGCAACUACGCUGAGCGAGUUGGUGCUGGUGCCCCAGUCUACUUGGCAGCAGUUCUCGAGUAUCUGUCUGCUGAAAUCCUCGAGUUGGCCGGUAACGCUGCCAGAGACAACAAGAAAAGCAGAAUUAUCCCAAGACAUCUUCAAUUGGCCGUACGAAAUGACGAGGAAUUGAACAAACUUCUGUCUGGUGUGACCAUCGCUCAAGGUGGUGUCUUGCCAAACAUCCAAGCUGUCCUCUUGCCCAAGAAGACCGAGAAGAAAGCGUAAAUUCUCCGUAUCUCAAGACCAUAACAAAAACGGCUCUUAUAAGAGCCAUCAAAUGUCGUGAAAGAAUUGAAC